AUGGCACCAAAGAAGAAAACUUUACCGAUAUCAGAAAAUUGUGUGAAACUGCAAAUUGAAAUGGGGAAUCUCUCCAUCAAAAACGACGAAGACCAACUUUCUACUCACAAUACAAAAACGAUGCUUGCCGAACAAUCCGAAAUAGCAGAGCAACUACCUGUUGGAAAGACAUUGAAGACGAAAGCUUCUGAAGUUGGGAUACAAACCAUCGAGGACGGCUGGACAAAAAACUGCGCAAAAUGCACCCGAACCUGUGAACACCAUGCAAAGACCAAAGAAAACUUGAAAGAGAAGAUAAUAGUUAUCAGAGCUCUUAAGAAAGAGAUGGAAAUGUUAAAGAAGGAAAAUGAGAAACUCAUCAACGACGACGUCGAACACGUCGAAACGGCGCAAGGUUUUGAAAGAGCUUUGGAAGUGAUCAGAAACCGAGAGGAGACAAUCAAUCACUUGAAUAGACGUUUGGAGGCAUUUGGAGAAAAACAGUGCCUGAAAGAGCAGGUGGAGAUUGAUACCGAGAGAGUCAACGGGCUAUUGAAGAAGAAAUGCGAGAAAUGUUUCGAAAACAACAAGAACUAUGAGGAGGCUCAGCAAGAAUUGAAAAAGAAAGAAUUUAACAUUAAAGCUCUUAAAAAAGAACUGGAUCUGGUAAAAACAGAGAACAAAAAGCUUAUCAAUGAUGGUAAUUGCAAAGUGGAAUCAGAACAUUUCGGUAGAGUCUUGACGCUGAUUAAGGAAAAAGGAGACACCAUAAAUCACUUGUAUCAACGCCUGGAUGAAGAAGGAUCAAAAUCGCGGGAUCAGAUGUAUUCCUUGAGAAAACGCAUUGAAGAAUUGGAACAAUCGCUGACAUCUACCAAGAUUCUCAACAAAAAUCUCGAAAAAGAGACGCAUGAAGCAAAAGAAGCAAAUCAUGUCUGUCUUAUCUACUACAAAAAGAUUAAGGCUCUCGAGGUUUAUCUACCACCUGAGGUUGAGAGAAAAAACAAGAAAUACGAACAAGAACUCGAAAAACUUCGCAAAGAGUUGCUCUGGUUCGAUAGUGAAUAUUCCGUCAAAAAAUACGUUGAAAUCAAGAAAGAAGUCCAAGCAAUGGAUGAUGCUGAUGAGCGCAAAAAUCUCGCUCUCAGCGAGCUUCAAGCUUAUUCGGAUGGAUUGAACACAUGCUGUGCCGUGUACCAGCGAAACUUUACCCAUCUGAAGGAACAACGGAGCCUCGAUGAACUGGAGAAAGUGCCACCAAUGCCCGUUUUCUCAACUUAUUUUUCGUCGAUCGUGAAUCGUUUGAAGAAGAAGAGUGGUUCUGGAUAUCGAAGAGUUCAAUACGGAGAAACAUCAGGAAAUUCUCAAUAUCAACAACACAACUCGUACCAACAGGGCGACGAUUGCUGCGUUUGUCUCUACAAAAUAUUGGAGACGGAAAGAAAAUACCGGUGCACAAAGUGUCAAAAAUACUUCCAUCCAUUGUGUGGAAAUGGAACGAACGAAUGGAAUGCAAUCUGCUCAAAGUGCACAGAGUCUUCUUCAAAACAGGACGGCUACUCACUUUUUUGA